CGCAAAAAUCAGUGCAUGUAUGGCAUCAGCGCGGGAAUGGAAAAGAUUGUUCUUCUGCAGGCUUCUCUCUUGAUGGGAUUUUGGCUUUCAGAACUUGACGAACAUAUGGAACCGUGGUACUGGACAGGAACUGCGAUCAACCUUUGUCAGAUGCUAGGUUUGCAUCGUAACCCAGACUCCUCGAAGGUUAAUCCAGCCAUCAGCGAUCGGCAACGGCAGCUAUGGCGUCGACUUUGGUGGAGCUCGUUUUAUCGGGAUCGCUGGCUCGGUCUAAAUUUCGGAAGACCAUUGAGGAUUAAUCUCAAUGACUGCGACACGCCUAUGCCCCUGGUUGCAGAGCUGCUCAAUGAUGUGGUGGGAAUACCCGAAUCCACUUUAACUGAAUUUGUACCCGGGGAUUUAUCCAGGCUGGCCUCGUACUGGGUGACAUUGAUUGAACUGAGCAAGCAGCUGGGUGCUGUUAUCACCAUGAACUACAAGGCUAUAAGAGCAAGGCCGGUCAUCCAACAAUUCGAAUCUCUCGAAGAGGAGAUUUUAAAAUGCCAGCUACCAGAUCAAUACGAGUCUGGUUUGACCAAUCUUGCCGUUUUCAUUCGUUCCAUGUUCACUUGCACUACCAGUGGUUCCGGUUGUUUUUCGCCAUUUCAGGAUCAUUUUUGGCUAACUAUCUUGGAUAGGGUGCUUCUUAUCGCUUUGUAUCGUCCCUAUGGAUCAGAAACUCCAACUGGUCUCGAUUCUGUUGAACAAGAAGAUUGGCAGCAUCGGAUGCGACUGAAGGCCGGGGACGCUGCGUCUAAGACCAACGACAUUCUCGAUGCUCUCGCUCAAGAGAAUCUUCUUCAAUUUGCAGGACCUAUGACGCCCGCACUCUUAGUCCCAGCGAUGCAAACCCAUCUACUUUUUUAUAAAUCCGCCGACUCCCUAACGAAACGUCUCAGGCUCCACAAGCUUGAAAUGUGCAUGCUCAUCAUGGAAGAGCUUGGAAAAACGUAUACCGUCGCUUCGAUCUACCGAGGAAUCUCCCUCAAAGCCAUGCAACAAAUCUGUGCCCCUUACCAAUCAGGGACAGCUGCUUCCAAUCAGGCGAACAUUUCUGUCCCAACAAGCCAUCCUAGCGACAGAAAUGCCACAGUCAAUGAGGCUGCCACCGGUCAAUUUGCAACAGAAACUCUUGGUACCAAUGCUCCAUUGGCCAAUUCCUCAGAGCAAGAGACCGAAAUGGUCGGAGAUUUUGUGGACUCAUUGAUGGAUGAAACAUCAAUAUUCAAUUUUUGGGAAACGUGGAAUCAAAUGUGA